AUGACAUUUAUGGGUUAUAAUGAGGGCGGAUGCUCCGGCGAAGAGUUGGAUGUGAGCAAAAAACAAAAGCUCGGUAGCGAGACCUUACAGUACGGUUUGAGCCCAUCAAGGGUUUCAUUGGGACAGAUUGGGAAGGAUGGGUUGAAAAUCAACAGCGAAGCACGAUUGCGCGCUCCAGAUGAGAUAGGACUUGCUGCGGAAGAGAGGACACUCGUUUCAAAAGAGAAAAUCCUAGCAGAGGAAAGCAUCGCCCUGGAAAAGAAAAAGCUCGCAAUUGAAAAAGAGGGGCAUGCUCUGGAAAAGAGGAAGCUCGUCCUGGGAAAUGAAAGGCUCGCCCUGGAAAAGAAGAAGCUCGCGGUGGAUGAUGAGAAGACCCCCCCAAGUCCGGCGUCUACAGUUUCAAUGUGA